AUGUUUGUUCCCUACCAACUACACAACAGUCAUGAUUCACAUUUGGGUAUUCAACAAAUGCUCAGUAAAAUUUCUCUUGAGUUCUGGUGGUCAAACAUGGUUCAAGGUGUGACUACCUUCAUUUCCAGCUGCGCUGCUUCUCAGCAGAAUCAAAGUACAAAAGACUAUUCAAUAGCAAUGUGGAAUAAGGAUAGUCCUUGGGAAUGUUUUCAUAUGGAUUGGGCUUUCAUGAACUGCAUUGGCAAUUUACUCACUGUUGUCAGUUCGUAUUCCAACUAUAUCGAUGCCAUCCGUUGCAUCUCAUCCAAAAAGAAAAAUGUACCAAAGUGCUUGAUGCGUCUCUUUGGUCUGUCUGGACUCUCAAAAGUUACCGUAUCAGACAGUGCAUCUGAAUUUACAGUAUUGAAAGGUUGGUUAUCGACACCUACUGAUCAUCCACAGUCAAAUGGGCGACCUGAGCAAGCUGUCCAUACCAUCAAACAUGCUUUAUUUGCAUGGAAUCCACUUGCUGACGACUGGUAUCCCUAUUUACUCAAUCAUCAAUCUUCAAGAGGCAGGAAAGCUGCUUCUCCUGGGGAAAGAUUAUUUGGAAGACCAUUACAUACCAGUUGCAAUCCAUGA